AUAAACUUUUGUACAGCACAAGUUAUCUUUUUCUAGCAAUUAUCUAACGAAAAAAACAUUCGUUAUUGCACAUUAAAAUCAAUAUAAUGAAUCAAAUUUAAAGUGUACUAACGAAAGAUUCAGGCAAUAAAAAGAAAAUCGAAAUGUUUAUCCAUUAAUUUAAAUACCAUACCAAAAACUAUUCACAUGAUUACGCACAAGUGUAGGAAAACGACUCAAAUGAGAUGGGAAAAAAAAAAAGAAAAUAAAAAAAAAAGUGAAAGGAUUUUUCAGUUCAAAUACAAGAAUACAGCGAAACAUAUGGUUCAAGAACGGACGUUUAGUAAACAAUAAAACCAAAAAUGAAAGAAAAAAUAUUACGACCUAAAAAAAAAAUACAGUGCCACAAUAGAGUAUUUCAUCAUAUUCAUUCAAAAAUAUAACUAUAGAAAAAUAACUAUGUACACAGGUUAUCAAAGAGCAAAUUUCCAUAAAGAUUAAAUAAAUUUGAUAUUGCACAUACGACCUCUAGCGACCACACGAGGCCUUUGAAAGGUAAUGUUGUCAUCGACGUCGCGUGGAUAUUAAGAAACUGGACUUCUCUUCAGCCGCAGCCCUUACAUGGUAGUUACGCCUAAGGGAGAGCCAGCCAACCAUGCGCGCCGACUCUACGUUAUCAACAGCGAACAUAAAAGGAACGCCACGUUGCAAGAGAACGAUCGUACCAAAGCCGUUUAUAUGCAAAGUAUGUCUCUCGUGUUUCUCUAAGAAAUAUUACCUGCAAGUCCACAUCAUGAUCCACACUGGCGAGAGGCCCCACACUUGUGACAUUUGCGGCAAGGGCUUCAGGAUGCGAUGGCGUGUCGCCCUGCACCGAAGGACUCACACCGGCGAGAAGCCUUACGGUUGCCCAGUUUGCAGUUUUAGUGGCAACAGGAAGGACAACAUAUAUGGACACAUGAGGAGGCGUCACGGCGGCGUUUUCCCCAUCCGAGACGCCAGUGGAAAGAACAGAAAGACAGCAACAGGGCCAAAGAAGCGCCGCACUUGGAAACGAAAGUCCAGGCGAAUGCCAAAGAAGCAGGCGCAAGAACUCAGUCAGGACUCGAAGCCCUUUGUUUCUGAACGAGAUGCAUUCAGCUCGCAGAACAACGUACCACUUCAAAGCUCUCAGUUUGUAUUCCAGCAUGCCCCACACGUCUUGCAGCAGCCUCAUCAAGUCAUUCCAGACACCCCUCCACUGCCGAGUCGGUCUAGCGUAGGGCAAGAUCCUUUAAUGAUACAACCACCGCCGGAGCCGGAAACUCUUUUAGCAUCUCAGUCGAUGUACCCCGUAGAGCACCAUGCUUCCAGAGUAAUUUUAGAUGACCCAGAACUAAAGAAGAAUGGUAGGAUUAUAUUCAGUGCCGAAAACCAGGUAUCUGAAGUACCCUAUAGUAAGGAUUCAGUGCACACACUCACGGCUCCAUGCCAAGUCUAUAUCAAAGAGGAACCACAAGAGCCAGUGGUUCAGUACGCUCGUCCUCGAAGGGAGGCGGCUAAUCUGGGCCACAUUCGUCGAAUAUCCAUGAUGCUCGAUGAAGAGGACAUCAAGAAGGAAAUAGGUGACGAGGACGCGGUGCCACCGGCAAGGCGUGGACCAAGGAAGGGGAGGCGCGGCACCAAGUGCAAGCAGUUCUCCCCAAUCCUGAAGAGCGAAGGAGACCUCUUUGAGCCGCCUGUAGUUUGGGCGACCGAGGAGGACCUCCUCUUUACCGACGAUGACACGUUGAAGCUGGAAGAGGAUAUGGAUCUCCUUGAAUAAGAGAAACAGGUGGAACCUGUAUAAAAAAAAAAAAAAAAAAAAAAAAAAAAAAUCAUAAAAUAUGCUAAAGUCUUUGAUGUAUUCAAGUAUUCUAGACAUGAACUGAAUUAUUGUAAUGCAAUUCAAGUACUUUAGAAGUGAACAACUUCUGUAAUACAAAUGUAGUACAAAUUGGAUGAGGAAACAAUAAACUUUAUAAUUUUAUUUUAUGAGUAAUU